AAAUGUCAUCACACUAAACAGGAAUUAACAUUCCAAAACCCAGAGGGUGGGUACCUUUUCAUACCCAUAUAUAUAAAAGUCAUCAAGUGACCUGCCUCAGAGGAAGGCUGAUUGAAGACAGGUGUCCUGGGGCAGCGGAGGAGAGCCAUCACCAUGGUCCCCGCGCUGCUCUUGCUGGGCCUUUCGGCCCUGAUCGCUCCGUCUGCGAGUUACAGUUGCUAUGGCGAUAUAAAUGCUCUUCAAGCCCCCACGAUUUCCUGCACAGCCGUGAGAGCCCCAGACUGCGGCAUUGCUGCUCUGAGGAGGACAGCGGAUGCGGACAUCAUUCGCCUGAGGAAAUACGAGAUCCCCAUUAAGAGAGUCGCCAGAAACCUGUGCUUGGACCCGGCGCUCAUUGCCGCCAUCAUCUCGCAGGAGAGCCGCGCUGGCCUGCUGCUGGACAAUGGCUGGGACCAGGCGCAGCAGAGGUUCGGCCUGAUGCAGAUCGACAGGCGCUACCACCAGCCUUACGGGACGUGGGACAGUGAGGAACACAUCAACCAGUGUUCGACCAUGCUGGUGCUUGGGAUCAAUGAAAUGCGGGCGAGGCACCCUACCUGGACCUGGGACCAGCAGCUGAGAGGGGGAAUCUGCAUCUACCGUGCAAGAAUCGGCAACGUCCAGGUCUACGAUGAAGACCCCUGCGGCAGAGACAACUACUACGUCAACAGCGUGAUCGGGCGGGCCCAGUACUUCAAGAGGCAUGGGUUCUAGCUCAGCAACUAACCCCACCACUGACCCUCUCCUCCACGUAGUCUAGCCCAGUAGUGAUGGUAGUACCCAAAGCAGUUCCUCCAGGGCUCCUGGCAGGAGCAGUGCUGAUGGCACCAACAUGUUGCUUGCUCCAGUACACCCCAGCUCUCCAGUUGUACAGGGGCACGCUCAGUGGUGCCUUCCAGGGGACUGACAGGGGCAACACACCACGACCUCAGGGCCCUUAGAAGGCAGAUGAGGACAUCCCCGCUGGGUGAGGAAGCUCCUUGCAUUAGGAGCUGAACCUGGGGCUGUUUGUGCAUCCCCAAUCAAGCAGCUCUCCCUCAGCAUGGGCUGUGCUGUUGCCAUCUCUUCUCUAUGUCCACCUCCUUCCUUCUCCCCGGCCAACAGGAGGGAGAAGCCCCCGAGCUAAGGUCUUCCUCCCCCUUGAUGGUGCUGGCUGCUUGGCAAUGAAGAGGCUCCUCUCUGAGUCUUUCAUCUCUGCAAAUUUCUGUUAGCUGCUUAUUCCUGGGGCCAGCCUUGUGGGGGGAACCACCAAGCAUUCUCCUGGUGCUCCUAUGAGCCCAAGAGCCCCUUAAGGCCUGGUGACCCCUAGAGGGAGAAAAACAGCCUUGCACAAGGGAAAUCCUCUAAAUGGGAAACACUACAAGUGCUGUAGUGGGCAUGCAAAUCACCUUUCUGUUACAGAGCCAUCCUCUGAGCAGGAGCUGGCCCCAGGUAUCCCUGUCCCAGGAGCUGCAUUGCAGCAAUAGUGCUGGUAA